AUGACAACAGCGGCGCGUCCCCGCGAGCCCGGACUCUUGUUGUGUUUCCGAGCAACAUCUAAAGCGAGAUCAGCGGAAUACAGCGAUUACAGAAACCCUCGACAUUAAUGCGCCUCGAACACGCGUACUACAGUCACUCUGUGUUACUGUCUCUCUCGCUCGGGCUCUGCUGUGACACACUCAUGGAGUCGCUAACUUUACCCGCUCUGACAACUGACGCAGAUCUAAAGCUGAAAGUGGAGAACAGAAAGAAAAACGUGUUUGUAACGCAGGUAGAGGAGCACAGAGAGCAGAAGGAUGAGCAUAUAAAGCACAUUCCUGUAAUAACACAGGGCUCCAGCAGGCUCCUGGAGACGGGCGUGAACACACUGCAGUCCACACUGGUCCUGAAGAAGCGUGUGGAGGUGGACGAGAUGAACACGCAGCUGAUGGACAAACGACAGCAGGUUCACAACUGCAUGAAGCUCCUGCGGGAGAGAAGAGCGCAGCUACAGCAGAGACAGACAGAGACUAAACAAAGGGCAGCCGAGUUUGAAAAGUUUGUGGAGGAGAACGAGCUGAAACGUCGCCGUGCGCUGAAGAAAUUCCAGACGGAGAGACAGCAGAACGAGCUGAAGGAAAAGGAGAAAGCUGAACUGUCCUCACUUCUCCAGGACUUACAGGCAAGACGACUGUAUUUAAAAGAGCGAGUGAACAAAUUUAAGAUAUUCGAGGACUUUCUGAUGAAGACACUUGAUUUACUUCCAGACAACUAUCUAGGGUACCGGACGGAGCUGGUGACGGCGAUCAUCAGACGCUACGAGACUCUGAGCAUCAGCCGACAGGAUCUUCUUCAGCAGUUAAACAGCCUGACGGACGAGAUGAAGACGAGCCAGGACCAGCUGGACGCCCUCAAACACCAGCACAACACCUAUAAACUGACGACUAACCAGGAGCUGUCCGAGCUACAGACACAGCUGGAUCAGACCAGUGAGAAGAACAAGCAGCUGGAGAUGACGCUUCGCAUGCACAUGUCCCAGUCCAGAGACCAGGUGGAGGAAGUGGGGAACAUCCUGAUAGCCGUGAGAAACCUCGGAGAGCAGUGUUACCUGAGCCACUACGGCUCUCUGGACGGCAUGGACGCGGCCACCGUGAUGGACAUGAUAAAGGAGUUCAUGGUUGAGAAAGCAGACCUGGAGAGAAGAGCUAUGAGACUCACAGACAGCAGUGCUGCGACAGCCAAGAAAAGCACUUCUGGUAGAAUCCAGCUGAAGAGCAGGAGCAGCGGAGCCACAGUACAGAAGAGCAGGAGCAGCGGAGCCACAGUGAUGAAGAUGCUACAGUAGAUAGACACUGUUGCAGCCGCUCACGCCACCAGACUGUGUGAGAGUUCAGUACCAGCAUUUGGGUUUAGAUAUAGGGUGCGAAUUACAGGGGGGUUUGGGGGGUCUGACCCCCUAAUGAAGGCUUGAUCCCUUCUAAUGAAGGCUUGAUCCCUUCUAAUGAAGGCUUGACCCUCCCUAAUAAAGG